GAUGAAGUUCUCUAUUUGACUAGAAUGUUGGUUAAUAAAGAUGUGUUUAGAGCAGACUGGAGUUUUAUUUUUAGAAAAUUAAGUCACAGUGUUUCACGAUAAUUGCCUAGGUGGAGAAAAAUUGGGUGUGAUUCACUGUGAUUGUGAAAGUCUUGGAUUAUUAGGUUACUAGUGGCAGAUGAAAAGUGGCUUAUGAGGACUGAACGAGUGUAAGGGUGUAAGCUCCUUUAUAAGAAUAUAAGCUCAUUUCAAAUGUGUGAACUCAUUGCAGUAACAGUUUUAUGCGUAUAUUAAAGCUCAUUUGAUGGUAUGAGCUCAUUGUCAUGAAAUGCAAAAUGGAGUAAACAUAGUUAUAUGAUAAUUUUAUAGUGUAAAAAUAUAAGUUUAAUUGAUAAAGGUGUAAAUUUUGACUGUUCCUGUUCUUAAACUGGCGGACAGUGCAGAGAUAUUAAAUUUGGCGAAAAAACAACAGCAGUGAAUUUCAUUGUUCAAACAACUAUGUGCAAUGUAAAUGUGGAAAAGUGAAAGACUUACAUGUACAAAUGUACUCUUAAGGAAAUGAUCCAUACAGUCUUAUUACGAUAAGUGGUGUCUAAUUAAGCAGUUUGACAAAGUGGCCAUUCUCCAUGGCUCUUCUAAAGUCACCAUUGUCACCUAAACUGGACAAGAUUGGUGUAAAGUUUAGUGUGUCGCAAGGUCAGGCAACUGAAAUCAUUUCACAGGAAUGUUCGAUGAGUGUUGCCGCUAACAUGGGAGACACGGACCAGUGGGUGAUCGCCAAGUAUGACUACAAGGCGGAAAACAGCAAAGAGCUGGAUAUGAAAAAGAAUGAGAAACUUAUUCUCGUUGACGAUACAAAAGAAUGGUGGAUGGUUCAAAAUAGCCGGAAUAAAUCCGGUUACGUGCCAUCAAAUUACGUAAAACGAUCAAAACCCUCAUUUUUCUCUAGUCUGAAAAGUACACUUGGUAGAAAACAUAAGAAUGAAUCAAAAGGUGUUGGUAGUCCGGUGGUAAGUAGAAACGGCAGUAGUAAUGCCCUUGGAGCACUGCCUCUCCCACCGUCGGAUACCGGAAGUGAUAAAAAUAGCACAAGUAGUGAUAAUGUUCAGGUGUGUGAUCCGGUUCAACCGGCAUUUGUGAAAUAUAAUUACACAGCUCAGCAGCAAGAUGAGCUGUCGUUGACAAAAGGUGAAAUUGUAAUGGUGCUAGAAAAGUCAAGUGAUGGGUGGUGGAACGGCCGGAAGGGUAACUCAACCGGCUGGUUUCCGUCAAAUUAUGUGGAAUUACAAACUCAUACGAAUGAUAACGUGGAAGUGACUACAUACACAACUGCAGCUUCUUUAGACAUUGCAGCCACACAGGAAAUUGUGACUGCUUUAUAUAGCUUUACUGGUUCAACUGGUGAAGAGCUAAGUUUUGAAAAGGGAGAUAAACUAGUAAUUAUAGACAAGCCUCCAGAGGAUCCUGAAUGGUGGCGAGCGCGGAAUUCUAGAGGUGAAGUAGGGUUAGUGCCAAGAAACUAUGUUCAAAUUGUUGAAGAGGGUAGUGAUAUAUCGGCCACAAAUAGUUCUUGUACCCCACAGUCCCAGUCCACUAGUAGUUUAUCAAACACUUCCAGUUUAGGGGCCAGUGGAAGAAAACAGUUCUGUGUAUCUGGGCCUCUGUCAGACAAAGAUUGGUAUUACGGGAAAAUUACACGACAGCAAUGUGAAGAAAUGUUGUUGAAGUAUGCAGGGGAUGGAGAUUUCAUCAUUCGGGAUAGUGAAUCUACUGCUGGUCAUUACACUGUGGUAUUAAAAGCGCCGGACAGGAACAAACAUUUUCGUGUGCAAGUGAACGAAGGACUCUAUCAUAUUGGAGCGCAAAAAUUCAUCUCAAUGGAUGAUCUUAUAGAGCAUUACAAAAAACACCCAAUCUACAAGUCAGAAUCUGAAAAAUUGUACCUCAUUAAAGCAUUUACUUAUCCUUCGGACUUCUGAUAUAAAAAUUGCGUAUUUAGAUUCUACAGAAUAUAAGGCAAUAGCCUGAUAAACCACUUCGCAAGAAGGUAAAAGGGAGUUAAUUCUUUCAGAUCUUACAACAUGUGGGAAAUCUAAAAAUAGCUUUUGGUGUAUCAGUGUUUUUGAAGGUGGAAAAUAAGCUGGUGAUUUGAGAGAAGCAGAAUAUGACAGUUUUUGAAGAGUUCUUUACCUUUAUUUUGAAGAGUUACUCACCUUCAUUGUGAAGAGCAACAUCAUUAAAUUGCGAGGAGUUGCAUCCCCUUAAUCUGAAGGAAUACUGUUGAGAUAAACAAGAAUCUGACCAAGAGAAGAAACACAGAAAACUACAGGGAUAUGGAGAUAGGGCCAAAGAUAUAGAAUAAAACUAUUUUAAUGUAGAAUAAACCUACUUUUCUGUGAAAUCAUUCAGAUUUGUGAUUUGGGAAAGGGAAAAAAACCCAGCUCUUUGUGGGAACCGAAAUUUGUGGUAUAAAAUAAGUGGGAAUUUUUUUUUGUAUAUUUGGAUUUAUUUUCCUGCAUUGAGGCAAACACAAAAUCCACAAAAAAAAUGAGAACCUCACAGACAUGAAUGAUUCCACAGGUUCUAGGAUUUUUUCGUUACUUGAUAGUAUUUAUCAUAGUUUUAUAAGAUUUAUUCAUCGUGAACCAGAGACAGUGCUUUCAUUACAGUCGACCUAUUUAAACUGUUGACUAAAUCUUUUAGAAGCUAUAUCAGUUAUUUGUAACUGUUUUUCAAAAAUUCGUAAUUAUUGUGUUUUCCCAUGCAUUUUUUUUUCUUAACAUUAAUCAUAUUAUUUAUUUAUUAGGGUCUCAUCUAUGCACAAUACAAAAAGCAUAUACAUGGCAUUAAAACACAGCAUGCAUUGCACAUAGUCAUUCUUAAAAUAGAAAAAUAGGGGGACUUAACUCUUUUCUGUACAUUGUUCAAUGUGCAAAAUCUCAAGAAAUGAAGUGAGGACAUUUCAACUAAACAGUACAAAGUGUGCCUAAAAUAUGGUUAAAACAUGUUAUAUUAUGAAACACACAAGUCUUGCUUUAUACACGAUAGGGGAAAAAUAAUUUAUAAAAAUGGUUUAUUGCAUAUUUUUGCUAAAGAUGUAUUUCAAAAAAAUAUAACAUAAUUUUACAAUCACUCGUCGAAAUUACAGGUGUCUGUUCCACUUCAUAAUUGUUUAUAAGCACAUUAUGAUUUCAAGAAGGGAGUGUAAGAUCAUUGCACCUGUUAGUGUUUUUCAAUUUUGUUAUUAUCAAAAAAAGUUAAAUUGCAUUUUCUGCAUAGAAAGAAUGAAAUUAUUUCCAAACCAAAAAAAAAAGCUCUUUAGCCUGUUGCCGGCAAGAGAUUCUGCCUUUGCUACAAGUGCAGACCAAGACACUAUUCGCUAUUCAGUCAGUAAUUUUUCAAUGAACACCCCUUCAAAUAAUAGAUGGUACUGCCCAGAUUGAAUGAUGGACCAGUCCAUUUUAGAAAUUUAGGUUAAUGCAAUUCUGUUUGAUACACAACAUGAUUUUCAGAAAGGAAAAAAACAUCAUCAGAAAAAAAAAUGGUUUCAAAGAUCUGCUCUAGGAUACAGAUUUUUUGGACUGAAACUAAAAUUUCCUUUAAAUCUGCAAAAGCAACAAACAAAAAUAUUCCUAACUUUUUUCCUGGUUUGACUUUGUUGGAAAAUCAGCCACUUUGCUACUUCAGGGAAAGAAUUAAAACUGACUAGGCAUUAUCAUGAAUAAUACAUAGAGAUCGUGUCUUGAGAACAAACGUUACAUUUUUAGCUCACCUGAGCAAUGCUCAGGUGAGUUUUUCUGAUCGCUCUAUGUCCGGCGUCUGUCGUCCGUCGUCUGUCGUCUGUCAACAUUUAGCUUGUGUAUGCGAUCGAGGCGGUAUUUUUCAAUUAAUCUUCAUGAAUAUUGGUCAAAAUGAUAACCUUGAUGAAAUCUAGGCCGAGUUCGAAAAUGGGUCAUCUCGGGUCAAAAACUAGGUCACUAGGUCAAAUCAAAGAAAAACCUUGUGUAUGCGAUAGAGGCUGUAUUUUUCAAUUAAUCUUCAUGAUUAAUGGUCAGAAUGAUAACCUUGAUGAAAUCUAGGCCGAGUUCGAAAAUGGGUCAUCUCGGGUCAAAAACUAGGUCACUAGGUCAAAUCAAAGAAAAACCUUGUGUAUGCGAUAGAGGCUGUAUUUUUCAAUUGAUCUUCAUGAAUAUUGGUCAGAAUGAUUACCUUGAUGAAAUCUAGGCCGAGUUCGAAAAUGGGUCAUCUGGGGUCAAAAACUAGGUCACUAGGUCAAAUCAAGGAAAAACCUUGUGUAUGCGAUAGAGGCUGUAUUUUUCAAUUGAUCUUCAUGACUUUUGGUCAUAAUGAUUACGUUGAUGAAAUUUAGACCAAUUUCGAAAAUGGGUCAUAUGGGGUCAAAAACUAGGUCACUAGGUCAAAUCAAAGAAAAACCUUGUGUAUGCAAUAGAGGCUGUAUUUUUCAACUGAUCUUCAUGAUAUUUAGCCAGAAUGAUAACCUUGAUAAAAUCUAGGCCGAGUUCGAAAAUGGGUCAUCUGGGGUAAAAAACUAGGUCAUUAGGUCAAAUCGAAGAAAAACAUUGUGUAUGCAGUAGAGGAUGUAUUUUUCAAUUGAUCUUUAUGAAAUUUGGUCAGAGUGAUUGCCUUGAUGAAAUCUAGGUCGAGUUUGAAUAUGGGUUAUCUGAGGUCAAAAACUAGGUCACUAGGUCAAAUUAAAGAAAAAUCUUGUGUAUGCGAUAGAGACUGUUUUUUUUUCAAAUGAUUUUUAUGGAAUUUGGUCAGGAUGAUUGCCUUAAUGAAAUCUAGGUCGAAUUCGAAUAUGGGUCAUCUGAGGUCAAAAACAGGUCACUUGGUCAAAUCAAAGAAAAAACUUGUGUAUGUGAUAGAGGCUGUAUUUUUCAAUUGAUCUUCAUGAAUUUUGGUCAGAAUGAUUGCCUUGAUAAAAUCUAGGGUGAGUUUGAACAUGGGUUAUCUAGGGUCAAAAACUAGGUCAUAUCUAAGAAAAUGCUUGUUUUAUCACAAGAGACCAAUUUUUUGGUUAAAUCUUAAUGAAAAUUGGUCAGAAUAUUUAUUUCCAUGAAGUCACAAGGUCAAACAUGUUUUACACUGUUAUGGUGUGUUUCUUAGGUGAGCGACCUAGGGCCAUCUUGGCCCUCUUGUUUAUAUAAUGUUUUUAUAUAAGUAAAUACGUUACAGAAUUGUGCUAUAUUAUAAUAGAAACUUACAUCAUAGAUCUAUGUAAAUAUAUACUGAAAUCUACAAGAUUAUCACAUUCUAAGGAAAGGUUGGCUUCAUUAAUAAGCAGCUUACUUGUUUUCAUUGGCAUCUGAAAGUCAAAAUUAGAUGGUCUUAGAUAAGUGCCACAUGAUUUCAGUUCGCUUUCAAACAGCUUAAGUAUCAGAUUUUUUUCUUUAGUAAAAAAUUCAGUUAUACAAGCAAGUCUAUAAAAGUUACAUUGUUUUGCUGUUUCGUGCUUAAUUUUCAAGUGCUUGCAAUUUCCUUGUAUAUUUUUCUGGUACCUUCAUUUAUCUUUGAAUAAGGAAUAAAUAAUUUUUGAAAUAACCUUUAUCAUUGUGAACAGGUCAGAAUUACGAACAUACACAUAUUUUAAGUAUGAAAUACACGUCUGAUUGUUUAAAGCAGCACUUUUGGUUGAGUACUUAAAAAAGCAGUUUGAUGAAUUUAACCAUGAUAUGUUAUUAUGUUACUAUAAUAUGUAGAUGCUUAAAUUAGACAUAUUCUUAAAUUAGUUAAAACAUACGGAAUGCUCCGCAAAUUCUAUGCAUUGACUUACCUUCCAUAGCGGUGUAUUAAUUACUGCUGUCGCAGAUAUGACAUGACGAUAAAAAUCAUAUGACUGUUGAAAAGAAAUUCAGAAGUUUUAUUUAAGUUUUAGCUGUAUUUUGUCAUGCUAUCUUCUGCGUUAGCCUUGCUUCUUAGGAAAUACUCAAACUCAAAUCCAUGUCAAUAAUCUAAAUUCAAACGAAGAAAAAAAAAACUGUUUCAUCAAAUUUCUGCAAGAAUUUAAAGGGGGACCACUGUGUAAGAAAUUGAAAUGCUCCACUGCUGCACUAUUAUGCAAAGAGUAUUUUUAUACAGAUAGAGGACAGAAUUUUGUAAUAGUCUGAACACACAAACAUUAGAAUCUCAGUCAUAUCUAUAUUCUGACACUGGCAUAAAUUUUCAGGCUUAAAUAUCCACAUUUUGCCAUGCUGGUACAGAAAGUUGAAUAUUUUUUCAAGUGACUUCUCCAUCCACCCCAAUCUUCUCCCCCAUGAAAUAUUUUGUGAUGCUUGCAGAUGAUUAUUGCUUGUUACGCGUCUUUAAAUUGUCAAGCCCGAAGGACUGCCUUUUAACACUUCCAGUAAUCUUGACUUCAGAAAAAAUGUGCUUCCGAAAUGUUUUGUUUUUGUUCAUUUGCCUUAAUGGAAACUUAGUAACUGUGAAAUGUAGUGGAUUUAAAAGAAAAAAAAGUGAGAGGAUUUUUUUCUGAAUUAUUAUACCCCCACAAAACGAAGUUUGGGGGGUAUAUAGGAGUGAGCUUGGCGGUUGGUUGGUCGGUCGGUCCGUUGGUUUUCAUGGUUUCCGGAUGAUAACUCAUGAAAGGCUUGACCGAUUUAAAUAAUUUUUGGUACACAGGUGUAACAUCAGAAAAUACAGGCCAAGUUUGAAUUUGGGGUCAAUAGGUCAAAGGUCAAGGUCACAGUGACCCUGAACAGUUAAACGAUUUCUGGAUGAUAACUUGAGAACUCUUUGGCCUAGGAUCAUAAAUUUUGGUACAUGAUGUAACAUCAUGAAAUGCAGGUCAUGUUCAACUUUGAGGUCUGUAGGUCAAAGAUCAAGGUCGCAGUGACUCGGAACAGUUAAAUGGUUUCCGGAUGAUAACUUGAGAACGCUUGGGCCUAGGAUCAUAAAUUUUGGUACACAGGUGUAACAUCAUGACAUACAGGUCAAGUUCUACUUUGAGGUCAGUAGGUGAACGGUCAAGGUCACAGUGACUCGGAACAGUUAAAUGGUUUCCGGAUGAUAACUUUAGAACACUUGGGCCUAGGAUCAUGAAAAUUGAUAGGGAGGUUGGUUAUGACCAGCAGAUGACCCCUAAUGAUUUUGAGGUCAGUAGGUCACAGGUCAAGGUCACAGUUACCCCGCAACAUUUAAACAGUUUUUGGACAAUAACUUCAGAACGUUUGGGACUAUGAUCAGGAAACUCAAUCGGGAGGUUGGUCAUGUCAAGCAGAUGACCUGUAUUGAUUUUGAGUUCCAAAGGUCAAAGGUCAUUUAAACCUUUUACGGACAAUAACUUGAGAACGCUUGGGCCAAGGAUCAUGAAACUUCAUAGGGAGGUUGAUCAUGACUAGCAGAUGACCUCUAUUGAUUUUGAGGUCAGUAGGUCAAAAUUCAAGCAAGUCCGGCUUUGACAUUGGCUUAGUUCUAUGACAAGGCCAUAUUGUGGGGGUAUAAUUCAUCACUCCUGUGACAACUCUAGUAAUGAUUUUUAGUUAAAGAAAACAUGGUUUGCCAUAAAUAGAAUGAAAACUUUGUAGUUUAAAAAUUAAUUUGUUAACUUAGAAGCUACAGAAUGUUAACCCCAAACAGUUUAGAUUUAUUCUUUGAAUUGUAUUUAUAAAUCAGAUGUCGUGUAUUGUUAUAAAAGAAAGUAUGCAGUUUUGUCGGUCUUAUAUAUAGUCUUCGAAUUAAUUUAUUAUCUUUUAUGAACUAUGAACCUAGAUAUAAGUAUAGCCUUGUUACAUUUUUGCACUUGUUUAAAUCACCACAUGUUUAAAACAGUUACUUUGAUUAAAGAUAUAUUAUGCUGAUAUUUUGUAUUUAAAAAUACGAAAAAUUACUACACAGUAUCUAUGUCAACAUAAACAUUUUUGUGUGAAAAAGAGUACUCUAGAGUUGGUUUAAAUGAAUACUACACACUAAUAAUUGCAUGCCAUUAAAAUAAACUGGAAGUCUUUUUUAACAAAUGGCUGUUUUAUUGUUACUAGAUUAGAGACAUUUAAUUGUGGGUGUAGCCAGUUUAUAUAUUUAGCCAAGUUAUAUAUUUCUUCCUUGAUUUCGAUUGAUAUGCAAUAGUAAAAUAUUCUUGUAAAAGAUGAGCAUUAGUUAUCUUUAAUGAUAUUUUUGAAAAUGAUGAAAGUGAUGUUAACUUGAUGUUAUAGAUUUGAAAGAGGCUGUCUAUUGAACAAAUGUAGAAAGUCACAUAGUGAAAAACAAUCUUGAUAUAAACCAGAAAAAAGAUGUGAUAAAGUUACAGAUAUAUUUUUUGCUGCCUUUCCUUGUUAAAAUCAAAGCACUGAAAGUGCUGACAGCAAGGGGCUCAUUGCAGAUCAGGGAUGUCAGUUGGAUAAAUGUAUACACUUAGUAAUACCAGCCUAUCCUUGCUAAAAAAAAAAAGAGAGAGAAUUAAUUCUUGUAUUACUGUUUGUUACACGGUUUGUGACAGGACAUGUGCAUAGGCUGUUGAGCAAAUCUAUUUAAACAGUAUAUGGAAUAUAUUGGGCCAACUUGUGACGUCUAUUGACCCAUAACAAUGUACUAGUAAAUUUGUAGGAGGUGAGAGAUAAAUAACUGUUAGGUUUCUGAACGCAAUAACUGAACAAAUUUCAUUUAUUUAUUUGUGUUUCAUAGUUUGAAAAUUUCAUUAAUGAGUACAUAGAAAGGUUUUGAGGAAUCAUACAGAAAGACAUGUAACAUUUGCAUAAUUGCAUACAAAAAUACAUACAUGUAAAGGUCACAUUUACAUGAUCAAAUCUUACAUGUAAUGUUUGCUGCCAUCAAUAUAUUUAUGAAAAUUGCAUUCAUAUUACACGUCCAUUUUCUACACAUGCAUAGUACUCAAUUUACCACAAUUAAAGUGUACAGAUUUGUCUUAUUUAUUCAAUAUAAGGGAGGUUAAGAUUUCAUAUUUUUUGGGUAUGUACUUGCAGAAUAUUAGUCUUUAUUUUGAUAUGCUUCAAAGAUGUUCUGCAUUUGUAUAUGCUCUUUAGAUAUCUAAAUUUUGAUUUGCACCAGAGAUAUCAAAAUUCAGAACACUGAUAUUUUCACAAAAUUUAGACAUGCACGAUAAAGCUUUGAAAUGAUGUAAAACGAAUAAAACUUGAAAGUUUUAAAUGUGUAUAUUCACCUGGAGCUGGCAAGCGAAGUAUGUAGUCAUCAACGUUUAAAGUCUUGAUACUAAGACUUAAAGUAAAUAUUCAAGUUACCAUAACUUUGUUCAUCCCACAGUAAAUAGUGAUGAAAGUUUUCAGAGCUGUCUGUAGUUGUAAAAUGAACAUUUAUGCAAUGUUCCUUUACUGUCUGUGCUAAUUUAACAAUGAGCCAGUAAAUAUAGAAGGGAGCAUUUUUAGGACUUAAGUCUUCGUUCCAGAAUCAAAACGUUUAUGAAUACAAGCUCUGGGCUCUCUGUUCAUUAACAUUUAAAUUCUGAAACUUAAGACUAUGUAAUGCUAAAAUUACUUUUUGGCCCUGUAUUUGUAAAUUGUGCAUGAAUUUUAAUUAAACUUGACCUGAAAUUGGCAUAUACUACAACAAAAAGCUGUGCAAAGUUAUAGCAAAGUUACAGCAAUAUUAGUUUAUAUCAAAGGAAGUUAAAUUGAAUCGAUUAGGGAUUUGAAGCCUAAAUUCUAACUUUGAGACUAAAACUAGAACGUUGAUGAAUAGUAGACAUAGAACCUUGAUGAAUACAAACCCAUAUGCUUGUCAGUGCUAUAUAUAGUAACUUACAUGUACACUAUGUACACAUAUGCGUUUUGAAACUUCAACCUCCCUGUUGUCGUCUUGUGUAACCGGAUGUGAACUCAACAGUUCCUUUGGCAUUAUACAUACUAUAUAUAGUAACGUACAUGUACGCUAUGUACUAUACAUGUAUGCAUUUUGAAACCUCAACCUCUCUUUUGUCAUCUUGUGUAACCAUAUGUGAACUCGACAGUUCCGUUGGCAUUAUGCAUACCUGCAUUAAUAUAUGUACCAGUGUUGUCACAGCAAAAGCAGUUUUGUGAGAAAUUACAUCACACCAUAACCAUCUUACAUGUAAUCCAUGUCAAAUCUUUAUGGGAUUCCCUUUUUUUUAGCUCACCUGUAACGAAGUGACAAAGUGAGCUAAUAUGACCGCUUGAUGUCUGUCGUCCGUCAACAAUUUCUUAAAAAAUCUUCUUGAAAACCACUGGGCAGAAUUACACUAAACUUCACAGGAAUGAUCCUUUGAUAUCUGGUGUGUAGCAUCAUCUAGUGGUCUUCUACCAAAAUUGUUCAAAUUAUUCCCCUAGGGUCAAAUAUGGCCCCACCCCAUGGGUCACAUAGUUUAUAUAGACUUAUAUAGGGAAAACUUUGAAAAUCUUCUUAUACAAAACCACAAGGCCUAGGGCUUUGAUAUUUGGUAUGUAGCAUCAUCUAGCGGUCCUCUACCAAGAUUGUUAAAAUUAUUCCCCUAGGGUCAAAUAUGGCCCCGCUCCAGGGGUCCCAAGUUUUACAUAGACAUAUAGGAAAAAAAGUUUGAUAAUCUUCAUGUCUGAAACCACAACACUUAGACCUUUGAUAUUUGGUUUGUAGCAUUGUCUUAUGGUCCUCAACCAAAAUUUUUCAAAUUGUACCCCUGGGGUGAAAAGAGGCUCUGCCUUUGGGGUCCCAUAUUUUAUAUAGACUUAUAUAGGAAAAAACUUUAAAAAUCUUCUUGUCUGAAACCACAUGACCUAGGCUUUUGAUAUUUGGUAUGAUGCAUUGCCUAGUAGUAUUCUACCAAAACUGUUCAAAUUAUGCCCCUGGGGUUAAAAGAGGCCCCGCCCCGGGGUCACUUAAUUGUUAUUUGAGUUAUAUAGGAAAAAUACUUGGAAAAAUUAUCUGAUCCUAUUUCCAAGACUGUUUAAUAAUAAAUACCUGAUGACCCUAAGUAUUAUGAUGUCACUUGACUGUGGCCUUGACCUGCUGACCUACUUUCUUGUUUUUUAAGAUACAGCCUUGAAAUUUUGGUGACAUGUACAGUUUUGCACACCGAUCAUAAAAUUGAAUUGCAUUGACUAUGAAUGUGACCUGCUGACUUUCUUAAUAUUUUAGCAUCAGUUUGACAUUUGAAACGUGUUGCUCAUAUUACUCUGGUGAGCGAUUCAGGGUCAUCAUGACCCUCUUGUUUCAGAAUUUGAAUCGGUAGAUCUAUAUCAGUAAAAUUUACAGUAUAUUAGUGCAAAGUCAAAUUUAACCUGGUAUAUAAAUCAUAUGUAAAGAUAUGGUACCCUUUUAUCAUGAAGUGGCUCAAAUUUUUUGAAAAACUUGUGUGAUUAAGAGUUGUGCUAAUUUUUAGGUUUUCCUCCUGUAAUAUUGUAAGUGCUAUAGAUAUGUUACUUGACAUCUUUAUCUUACCAGAAUAACAGCAGCUUAUAAGCUUACAAUGUUAUAAGUCAUGUUAUCACUGUCAGAAAUCAUGUGAUUAAAUUCAGAAAUCAUGUGAUCAAAUGUUUGAAAUCACAUGAUCAGCUUAGAAAUCAUGUGAUCAAAUGUUAAAAAUCAAAUGAUCGGCUUUGAAAUCAUGUGAUCAACUGUUGGAAAUCAUGUCACGAAAUCAUGUUACCAACAUUAGAAGUCAUGUGAUCAGGUCAAAAUCACAAAAUUUAUAGCUUUAAAAAAGCCUUGACAGUUUUAUUUUUUAAAACAGGAUUUCUAAGAAGUCUACAGAAAUAGUCAGUCAUGUGUAUGUCUGGUAAUUGACCAGUCCACUUUCACCAAAAGAUAGAAUAAGUGGUAGUAUUUUUGUUUUGGAUGAAUUUGUAUUUUCUAGAUGAGACAAAAUGUUGCUCGAGUACAUAGUUUUGAUAAAGGUUGUUAUGGUAGAUAGCAUAAUACAGAUCUUUUUUUCUAUGCAAAAAGAACAAUACAUGUUGUCAGGUGACACACUGUAGAGAACCACUAGCUUUUUCUUCAUUUAGGGUUAGUGAAGACUUGUGUUUUGUUAAUUUUUCAUAUACAGACAAGUUAACCUUUAGCCUGCUUGCGGCAAGUGAUUUUGUCUUUGCGACCAGUGCAGACCAAGAUCAGCCUGCACAUCCGUGCACAUCUGCACUGUUCGCUAUUUAGUCUGUAAAUUUUCAGUAAACACCUCUUUGAAUAAUAUUGGUACUGCCCAAAUUGAAUGAUAGACCACUCCGUUUUAGAUAUUAAGCAGGCUAAAGGUUAAUAGACUAGUUCAGUACUUAGCGAUCUUCAUUUUCAUUUUAUGAUCGUCAUUUUACCUCGUUCAUAUUGUGUGUGGAGUAGACUUGAGGGAAUGUAUGAGAAUAUAUCGAGGGGUGAAUGCAGAACAGGUCUAAAUUCAUAUAGAUAAAGAAGCACUUUGACUUCUUUGGCAUUCACCCCUUGAUAUGAUAACAUGUAAACUUUAAAUACAUAUUAGAUCUCUGUAAUUCUGUGCCCAAUAUGCAAAUAUGUUUUGCCCAUUACUUACCAGUUUAUAGUCUCUAACAUUACCUUUUGGACAAAGGUUAUAUACCCACCAAGAAAACAUUUAAAAGAACUUUGUACAUGCUUGCUCUUAUAUGAAUUCUUAACUUUCCUGUUGUCUCUGUAAAUCUGAAAUUUUUGACUGGGUAUUUAUAACUUUUGCAGCCAUCUUGAAAUAGUCAUUAGUCAAUGAAAAGUGACCAGGUACGUAAUAUAAUCAAAACUGUUUUUCUUUUGAAUUGUAUAAUUUUUAUGAUUUUUAAAACACAAUGGAUCCUAGGCAGUGUACUUUAAAACACAUGCAUACCUGUAUUGUUUAUUUAAUUCAUACCAGUAAUAUAAAUUCUAUGAUUUUUAAUACUUCAGAGGAGACAUUUGAAAGUGUUCUGCUUUAAACUAUGCUUUUAAGUAGCCAAUAGUAACACAAAAUAUAAUGUGAAAUCAAUUAUGUUGGCCUUAAAUUUUGUGUUUCUUUGGUCAAAAAUGGAUAUUUCUUGGGAGGUAUGAAUUUGUAGAUUUCAGCUGUUGAAAAAUAAUUUAAUUAAAAUGAAUCAGAAUUUCAGUUGUUUGUUGGGCUUUAAUUCUUCUGGUUGGACUCUUCCACAAAAGUUAGUGCUUCGCAUAUUUUGCUUGCUUUAUGAUAAUCUACUUUGAUUAGUUGAAUAUUCUGUCUUAAAACAAAAAUGGAGAGAAAAAAAAACUGUCCAGAAUUAUUUUGACUGGUCGUGUUAAAAGUAUAUAUAUUGAAAUAGAAAUUGAAAGCAAAAAGUACCAAAAUUGUUCUAUACUUUUAAGUUUAAACUGAAAAAAGGAAAACUUCGUUAAGCUGUUCAAGAUUGUUAUUGUUGAAAUGACAUAAAAUAUGAAACAUUAUAUAAACAAAAUGGUUUCGUAUUUAUUUCUGUAAUUUGCAGCUGUUGAUAAAAUUGUUCUCGAGUUUUUGAGAACCAUCUGUUCAUAAGCUGUUCCACCAGGUUCAUAUAGCAGAAGAUAAGACAAAAAAAAUUGCUGAAUUAGAUUUUGUAGAUGAUGCAAGCAGCCAUACGUAAGAUUUUUUUUUUGAUGAUGUAAGCAGCUUGACAGUAUCUUCGACUGCUAUUAACCCUUACCCUGCUGAAUCUUUCAGUUUGGACAGUACCAUUAACUGUUAAAAGGGGUGCAUACCUUAAAGAUACUUACUGAAUAGUGAACAGUGCAGAUCAUGAUCACACAGAUGUGCAGGCUGAUCUUGAUCUGCACUGGUCGCAAAGGUAGAAUCAGUCGUGUACAGCAUGGUAGGGGUUAAGGUGCUUUUGCACAUUUGGAUCAGUUUUAUUUUUUUACAUAGCAAAAUCUGAUUUUUAAGUUGAUUCAUCAAAGCAUUGUGAUAUACAAAGAAAAUGUGCUGAACUACCUUUUAAGAAAGAGAUGAUUAUCUGAGCCAAUCAAAAGAACUGAAUUUCUUGCCAUUAUUUGAGCUCAUCAUUGACAGCAAACUGUCUGGAAAAGCGCUUUUCAUGAACUUAGUAUUGAAUAUUCUUAAAUCACCAUAGGAACAGAGAAGGGGUCACAUUUGAGUCGGUAAAUGGUCAUCUUAAACAAAAUUUACUUUUUCAAAAUUUUACAGGAUAGAAGACUUCCGAAAAGAAAACUUUAAAAUUAACAGGUGAAUUCGAGUACUUGAAAUGCCUUUAAACAUACUUGAUAGAUGUAGAACAUUUUUCCAUUUUUCAAUUUCAUGCGGUACACAUUUAUACCAACCUUUGAUGAUACAAAGUUUCCUCAGACUUGUUUGCAAUUAAUAUUUGCAAUUUUAUCUGAUGGGCAUGAUAUGUUUUUGGCACAGACUCUGCAGAAAAUAACUUUGUUUCAAGAUUGAAUCAGAAUUGAAAAAUCUUUUUAAGAUUACGUUGUUUGAAAUUUGCAAUGUGUGUUUAUGUUAUACAAUUCUCUUGACCUCAGCCUUUGAAAGAGUGGACCUCGACGUUAUUUAAAGCUUAUUGCUGUGCAAAGGUCUCGGAUUCAAUUGAAAAUCAGAAUUGUGAAAAAUCUUAAUUUGAAGAGCUUUCAUGUGAAACAAAACAUGAAAUUAGGUAAACUGUAGCACUUGCAUCAGCAUCCCGUUUGGUUAAGUUAUUGUAUGCAAACUUGAUAUCUCAGUAAAUUCUGUAGGAGUUGAUUGAAACUUUACACACUCAGAGUAAGGAUCUGACAUGCAGUGCACAGGUUUCACAACUCUUUUUUGCCUUUUUUUUUCUUCACAGAAAAUAUGCCCCCUUUUCUCAACUUAGUAAUUUUUGGUCCAGUUUGUCUAUACAAGAUCAGAUCUCAUUUAGCAAUAGGAGGAGAAAGGUCUGCGACUCUUGCUGACAUUUAAACAGAGUUGUUGCCCCUUUUGAACUUUAUUUGUCAAAAUGGUCAUUGUAGUUAUUUAUUUAACUAUUUUGUGAUAAGGCUUUAAAAUAAUGGAGCUUGUAAUGGAUACUGUUUUAAGAUUUUUGUAUCUUUUCUGUCUGUUUCAAUUUCAGGCCUGGUACAAAAGGCAAUUAGAUUUUUUGUCAUUUAAUUUAAAACGACAAAGGUUUACUAAAUGUUAUUCCUAAAUAUAUGAAUAAUCAAAUAACAUCAAGUAGACAUUUUCAGAAAUUUCAUUGGUCCGUAUCAACAAUUACCAUGAAAUUUAUAUUUAGUCAUUUUCAUUGGUCCAACACUGUCCCAUGACUAUUGAUUAAAUGUUUUCACUCGUCGGCAAAGCAAAGAACAGGUUUUGACACCAGAAAACUGCCAAGAUUUAGUAAUAAGUCAGCUGUCCUUGAGGUAUAGUCAAUACAAAUAUUUCUCUUCACAUUUACCUCAUGAAAAUAAACAUAUUUCUAAUAAACAUAUUCACUAAAGCAAAUCAAAUUAAAAAAUGGAUUCAAUAAAUUUCUGUUACAUCUGUUUUUGUCACAGUAUGUUUUUGAUUACAAAAUUUUGUAUUUGUGUUUUUGCAAAGAAUUAAGGAAAAUUGUUGAAGUAAAAAUGAAAGUAUAUAGCUGUAUGUACACUCCACUGUUGAAUGUAUGUUACACAUUCUCUAGUUUGUAUAAUAAAUUCUGUUACAUGAGCCGCGCCAUGAGAAAACCAACAUAGUGGCUUUGCGACCAGCAUGGAUCCAGACCAGCCUGUGCAUCCGUGCAGUCUGGUCAGGAUCCAUGCUGUUUGCUUUCAUAGUCUAUUGCAUUUAGAGAAACCGUUAGCGAACAAGAUUGCUCCUGACCAGACUGCGCGGAUGCGCAGGCUGGUCUGGAUCCAUGCUGGUCGCAAACCCAUUAUGUUGAUUUUCUCUUGGCGCGGCUAAAUUAUGUGUCUUCUAGACCACAUUAUAGUCUAGUACAAUGAUUAUUGCAUGCUUUACCAAGAUACAGGAUGUAUAAAUAAUUACAAACUGUUUUGGAUGUAA